CAACUCUCCAGGCUGCUGGAAUGUGAUUCCCAGAUAUGCGCAGGCAGCAGAGAGGUCUCUAACAAGGCAUCAUGUUAUCCCUAAGGCUUGUGACUCUAAUUCUGCUACUCUCCCUAGGCCAGGGCAAUGCCCAGGAAGGUCAAAAACCCACAGCAAGGCUUCUUCCCCAGUGGCUCACAGGACUUAUUGCAGUAACCGUGUUUCUGUUUCUCGUACUUGUGGCAUACGUGGUGAACAGGUUUUGGGAGCGCAGAUCUCAGGAUAACAUGAUGUCCGUCAUCGAGAUCAAGAGUGACGGUAUUGAGGAAGUGGUCUCUAAUGGCACGCACGAGAGCUACAGGACACUAGACAGUGUCAGAUCCACAGAACAUGAGCACGCGUAUGAGAACCUAUGGAAGUGAAAGACAAUGUAUGACCACUGCUAUGUAGUAACUCCCUACUGUGUGCUUUAUCCCCAUACUGCUCCCAAUGGCUAUGUAGUAACUCCCUACUGUGUGGUUUAUCCCCAUACUGCUCCCUAUGGCUAUGUAGUAACUCCCCUACUGUGUGGUUUAUCCCCAUACUGCUCCCUAUGGCUAUGUAGUAACUCCCUACUGUAUGGUUUAUCCCUAUACUGCUCCUAUGGCUAUGUAGUAACUCACUACUGAGUGGUUUAUCCCCAUACUGCUCCCUAUGGCUAUGCAGUAACACCCUACUGUGUGGUUUAUCCACCAUACUGCUCCCUAUGGCUAUGUAGUAACUCCCUACUGUGUGGUUUAUCCCCAUACUGCUCCCUAUGGCUAUGUAGUAACUCCCUACUGUAUGGUUUAUCCCCAUACUGCUCCCUAUGGCUAUGUGGAUAACAAAUACCUCAUUUGGUCAAAACCUACAGUUACACUCAUAAUAACACCAUCUAAUGAAAAUGAUUUUAAAAGAAAUAUUGCAUAAAAACAUUAUAAAGGCUCAGACAUGAGGUCUAAGAAAAAAAGGGCUACAAAGGACUUUAACAUAGAGAUAUAUACAUGUCUAAAGAU